AUCGGCGACGGCUAGUUUCGGACUGCGCUCUUUAGCUUUAAUCUUCAUAGACUGUAUGACUGACUGUCAGCCGAUUAAAUUAAAGAAGCAAUGUUAGAAGCUCAUAUAAAAAAAAAGUUCAUAAUGACCUUAUUCAUGUUGCCUUUCUGUCUUUCAGAAGUCAGUCCAGAUUUGACAGGGUCGUCUCGCUAUCUAGAAGAUAAAUCAGUUCCACAGCCGACUGGGAUAUUGUUGUAUUACAAGGAGAGUAGGGACACUGUUGUGCGAAGUCAUUGCAACAAUGAUCUGGCGUUGUUUAUGGGGAGAUGGAUUCUGAUAACCUGGUCAUUUUUUGAAGAGUCAGAUAUUCCUCUCUCCUAUUUAGGACCAGAUCGUUUGAUCGGCGCUGUCAGUACAGCUGCAUUUGUCCUAGACAGCUUGGCCAUAGUGAUCGAUGAGAAGCUAUACAUCUACUCUCUGGAAGACCAUACAUGGACAUCCUCCCAAGGUGUGGACACCCCAGUUGACUCGGUCUCCACACUCCAGUGCUGCUUCAGCAGAGAAGACUCCUGCUUGGAAGUGAGCUCAGUAGUGCUGCUGUACAGCCUGGGAAGCCGUCUGGAUCUCGGUCAGAUAUACAUGUCCUCGAACGGAGGGUUGUCCUUCCAGAAGUACAGCAUUCCCCACCACUCAAAUGAGCUCAUUGGAGGGUUGUUUAACAUGCCCACAGUGUCCAGCAUCGUGGAGAUGAUCAUAGACGACCAGAACAUGUUCUCUUUACGCUACAUCACAGGGAGCAGCAGCCAGCAGUCGGAGCAGCAGCCCGUGAUGGACCCCCCGUCGACCUUGAACGUGAUCCAGACAGCCGGGAUGAGAGGCCACCUCAUCAUCUGGUCCCCCAACAUGCUGCUCUACUCACCCAACCACGGUAUUGUCCUCCGGACGGUGGCCGUGAUCAACCAAGGGCAGGCCCCCCUCCCCCCUGACAAUGUCACCAUCAUACAAGUUGCCACAGAUGACAAUGCAGUGAUUGCUGUGAUGACCAGUGAUGGGGCCCUGUACUAUGGCAGGAUGGGGAUGGAGGCCAAGGUCAUGAAGAUGACCGUGGUGCUGGACCUGACCCAAGAGGAUGUGAUGCUGUUCACACACUACGGAGACCUGCUUCUCAUCGAGGUCCACGAGGACCGUGUCCCCGGGCUGGUGGACUUUGACCAUCAGACCAUCUUCAUCCAGCAAGAGCUGGCGCGCACCUCCCUGCCUAUAGAGGGCUGCCUUGUGGAGCAGUUUGACGGCAUGUUUCAAGGAGAGCACUUCUACAUCGACAUGGACGGCACCUUGGAACUGUCUGCUGUCUACGUCCCCUCUCCUGCCUGCACCUUCUUCCCCCUGUUGACAGUGACAAACUCCAAGCUCCUCUCAUCUAAAGUGGUCUUUGCGUCGGACGGCAUCACCCAAAGAGGCACCAAGAAAUACAGGAUGGAGAUCAGGCUGCGUGAGCUGGGCUACACCCGUUUAGGAAGUGGAAGUCAACACGGCAGCUCUCGUGCAAGCGGCCUCUCCACCGUUGCUGUGGAUCUGAUGGGACGAUAUGUGACCUGCAAGAACCUGAACCCCCUGAAAGCUCACAUCAUUACCGGCUGUCCACCUGGGAAGCACAUUAGAGUACUGAUGAAAGUGACAACGUGCACCAAAGACAUCAUCUCCCAGGAGAAGCUCCAAGACAACUUUACCUACCACAUUCCAAAAGAGGUGUACGACCCCGAGUUCCUGGCAAGGCCUGGCAAGGCUUCACAUGACCUGAUCCUGCCCUACAGCAUCGUAGACUACUUAUGCCCUCUGCUGGUCUUCAAAGGCACCCCCUGGAUACCCUCACUGCAGCUAUGGCAAGGGGAAGAGUUUGUGGAGGACGUGAAGGCAGACUUCAUCCUGUUCGAGGUCCAUGGGAUGCACAACUACGAGUACACCCAGACGGUCCGUGGCGCUCGCUGUGUCUCCCAGCCACAGAACUGGACCUCCCAGCUGAGCCAGCAGCACCAGCCGGACCCCCACACCGCCUGGAACCGACACAACUAUGUGAGCUGCCUGGACUCUGAUGGGCCUCCUCUUUCUGAGCCUACAGCCCAGUAUCAGGUCCUCAACAAGGACUCUGGCAACAGAGUACUCUUCCCUGAAUAUAACGGCAUGUACAUCUUCAAGGUCAUCGUGGUGGACCCCAGAUACAGCUACUGCCAGCUGACCACCACCUUCAGUGUGUUUGUGUACGGAGCGUUCCCCCCUCACGUUCUGCCCUCUGGUGUGGGUCUGGGCAUCUUCCUGGGCAUCCUUGUGGCCCUGCUGAUGGCUGGAUUCUUCAUCAAGCACCGAUCAUCUAAGGCCUAACACACAUACACCUGCCUGCCUGCCUGUCUGCUUAUCUGUAUGGCUGCUUGCCUGCCUGUCUGUCUGCCUGCUUUUGUCUGCCUGCUUUUGUGUUUGUGUGUGUCUGUUUGCCUGCUUGUAUGUCUGCCUGCCUGUCUGUUUGUUGGUAGCAGAUUGCCACUUCAACCUUAGGUUGUCAUUCAUGGAUGAAUACAGCUCAGUUUGUGGACACUUAAAAAAAAAAAAAAAAAAACACACACACAAAUGUGACAGCCUGUAAUGACCCAUAUCUCAUCUUGUU